AUGCAUAUACCAAUCUGUUUUGAAAUGUUUCCUAACCUAUUACAGUAUACAUAUUAAUAUAAUUUACUAAUGUAAUCUCUUUAAUUGACUUGUUUAUUUAUUAAAAAGUCGAAAGACUGGAAGAAACCUUGCUACAUUUUUUUGUGAAUAUUGGUUAUGACUGCUAGAAAAUUAUUUAAUUUUUGGUUUCAAAGCGUUCAAAGUGUCAAAAUGGAAGUGAAUCUGCUGUAAAUGUAUUGAUACUAGAUUUGGAAAUGAUCGUAUAUUAUUUUUCUUUCAUCAAAUUACUUCGAAGCUUUUUAAUUUAAUCGAUGAAAAGAAUCUAACCUUAAAAUAUAAUUUCGCAGGAUUUUAUUUGGAUUGCUGACAUUUAUACAAUAGUUCAAUUCCUUCCUUUAAAUUUAUUUUUACAUUUAUUCAUAUAAACGUCUAAUUUCGAUAUUUGUUCUAUAUUCCUAUGGUAGACUUCUAAUUGUGUAUAUUCUAUUCAUUGUGAAAAAAUAGUAUACUAAUUUAUGAUGAAUCCGAGAAAAAUUAUAUCCAAUACAAUGUCUAAGGAUUCGGAAGGGAAAGACAGUGAUGUUAGAGCUCCAGUUAAAAUAGUCGAUAGGCCUACUUUUAUUUUAAAAACUAGAGAAGGAGAAAGCAGAGCCGUUUCUCCAAGUCAGCGAAAUGGAAAUAAGAAAGAUUCGGACAGUCAAUCAUGUUCAUCGUCAAAAUCAUCAGAACAUCGGAACAUUAUAUCCAUGUGUGUUGAAAUGACAAACUGCGUGAAACUCGUGGACGAGAACAUGCAACUUUGCGAAGGACCUCUAGAUUUUUUAUACGACCAACAGGAUUUUCUUGUAGUCGGAUGUUUAGGAACUCAAGGAGUUGGAAAAUCGACAAUCAUGUCUCUUCUUGCUUCCAGUGAAAUGUCUGAUCUUUUCUCAGCCCAGAAUUUAUCACAUCAAGAAAGUGGUUCAAAUUGCACCCGCGGAAUAGAUUUUUACGUAACGAAGAACAGAGUUAUUUAUUUAGAUACUCAGCCCAUUUUAUCUAGUUCCGUAAUCGAUUAUUCUGCCUCCUUUGAACAAAAAAAGGGUACGAGUGACUUUGGAAAUGUAGAAACAAACUUAGAAUUACAAUCACUCCAGUUUGCUGCAUUUUUGUUCUCUGUUUGUCACGUGAUUAUAUUUACUCAAGAUUGGUUUGUGGACCCGAAUUUAAUGAGAUUUUUGCAAACUGCGGAGAUGUUGAAACCUGCUUCAGCAACGAGUAUGGAUCAGGAUUAUGUAGAAUAUUACCCUCAUAUUAUGUUUUUACACAAUAAGGCUGAAUUACAAGACUUUAUUCCAAACACUUUGGAAAUGAUGAAGGAAUUCUAUAAUAAAGUAUUCGCGAACUCAAGAUUACAAACGCACAGCGGUUUAGAUAUGAGUUCGCAUUUAACGGAAGGGCAAUUGAAUCUUUUCCUUAUUCCAACAAUUGGGCCAGAAACUGAGCCGACAUUCCACGAAAACGAAAAGCAAUUAAUAGAAAAAUUACGAAUAAAGAUUCACGGAGUUGCCAGAAACGCGAUGACGCCUUCUACUUUAACAGAGAAGAAUUGGUACCACUACGCCUCCAAAGUAAUUGAGGCAGUGAAAAAGAGUCAUCUUUCCUCAGAAUAUGGAAGACUAAUGCCUUAGGAAAUUCUGAUUUGGGAAAUCUAUAGGUACAUGGAAACUCCUCGAUAAAUUGAAACACGAGAAUUGUGAUCACACUGUAUUUAUUUUUGUUAUAAACAUAAAUUCGUCAUUGUACAAUUU